GAGACGAACGCGACGCUAUAAACAGCACUCGAUUUUCUGAGUUCCAACAAGCAACACAUAAAAGCAGCGUUAUAAGCUAAAGUAAAGUGAAGCACAUUGCAGACACUUGAAUAACCAACCGUGAAAAUGAAACUGUUCGUUGCACUCGCUCUCUUCGCGAGCCUCAGCUCUAUUGCCUUGGCCAAGGAUGAAGAGUACUGCCAGAACACGGUGGUCACCGCGUGCUCUUCGUCAACCUUCUCCGGCAACUCCAUUUGUAAUGCCCGUUUCGCUGGAAUUGACCAUGUGGAGCCCGAGAUCCAGGCCUAUAUCAACUCCCAGUUGACCAAGUCGUACGACUAUCUGUUGCUGGCCACCCACUUCAACUCGUACCAGAAGAAUCGCCCCGGCUUCCAGAAGCUGUACCAGGGUCUCUCGGACCGUUCCUUUGACGACAGCAUUGCCCUGAUCAAGCAGGUGACCCGCAGGGGAGGAAUUGUGGACUUCAACACCCGUCACGAGUCUCCGGCCUCGGUGAGCACCAAGCGCACCACUGUGGAGGUCGAUGAACUGCACUCCCUGGCUCUGGCUUUGGACAACGAGAAACAGCUGGCCUCUGGAGCUACCCACGUUCACUCCCGUGCCACCCACGCCACCGAUGCCGACCGGGAUCCCGAGCUGGCCCACUACAUCGAGGAGAACUUCCUGGGCAAGCAGGCCGAGACUGUGCGCAAGCUUUCUGGUUAUGCCAACGACCUCGCCAAGCUGAUGAAGGUUCCGGACCCAUCCCUGUCCGUCUACCUGUUUGACGAGUACCUGCAGAAGCAGUAAAUCGUGGAGACUUCUUCCUCCCUCCACUCCUACACUAUUCCGUCAAAAUUGCUCUCAUCUUCCCGCAAAAAUAUCGCACUUUAAUUCCCUUAUAAAUUAAUUUGUUUCCUUGGUUUGUUCACCAAUAAAUCGCAGUGCAGUAGGAGCAUUAUCAAAGCAGCCAAAAAUGAAUGAUUUACACACCCGGUUUCCCAAGUUCACCUUAAUUUACCAGCACAUCAGAUUGUGAUAAUGUUAUCAUAAAUAAGUUAGCAAGUUCGCCCCAGCAAAUGUAUCUUAAGCAUGUACGUUACCGCUUGAACAAAUAAACACAACAAAGUAACUAAAUAUGAACUAGUAAAA